UCGUUCAUCAGCAUCAUGGCACUGAAAGGGUUACAGGCGCCCCCCACAUCUGGAGGCCACAUCUGGUCACGUGAGUUGGGAGAAAUGAAAGCAAAUGUGAAGGAUGUCCUGGUUCUCAGUGCAGCGGAGGGCCUGAGAAGCCCACUGUGUGGAAUGUGUGUCCCGGGGAAUGGAAACAUGACGCCUCUCGUUCUCUCCUGUCUUUUCGUCCUCUUGCAGCUAUCUGGGAGUCUGGCUUUGGUGGUGACCCCUGGUGAUAUGGCUGUGCUGGAGGGCCGCUCGGUGACCGUACCCUGCCACUAUGACCCCCAAUACAUCCACCACGUCAAGUACUGGUGCCAGGGCAGAAUAAAGGACUUCUGCACCACCCUGGCACGCUCUCAUCAUGACAUGGGAGACGCACUGACGGCAGGGAACAGGGUGUCCAUUUUUGACGACCCGACCCAGCUGGUGUUCACGGUGACCAUGAUGGACCUGACGGAAGCGGACUCGGGCUGGUACUGGUGCGGCGUGGAGGUGGAUGGGAUGUGGCAUGCCGACGAUGCUGCCUCCCUGCACGUCAGCGUCAUACAUGGUAUGUCAGUUUUGAACAGCAGGGUGCAUGGAGAGGAAGGAGACAGCAUCGAUGUUCUCUGCCAAUACAGUGUCCGUCACAGGGAGAGUGAGAAAAAGUGGUGCAGGAGUGGGGACUGGAACUCUUGCGUAAAGACAGACUCCAAUGGAACCUUCCGGAAUGAGGCCGUGGAGAUCCAAGAUGACCAAUGGGAAAGCUUCACUGUGACCCUGAGGAACGCACAGCGGAGGGACACUGGCUGGUACUGGUGUGGCUCCGGGCAGCAGCAAGUUGCUGUCCAUGUGAAUGUCACUCCACGUGCCACAACUACUCCAUCUGUGGUGACAGACCCCACUACCCUGGUCACUGAGGUCAUGAAGAGCUCCGAUCCUACCAUGCGUACUGAAGCAGCUGCACCACCUGCCAGAGGACUUGUCCAGCAACAACACAACGCUUGGAUGCCUCCACUGGUCAUCGGUCUGGGCCUCCUGCUGUUGCUGCUGGGGAUUCUGGCCACACAGAAACUAUGGAGACAUUACAAGAGGAGCCGAGCCGCCAGAGAGCAAGAGGAGAUGGAGUCCAGCCUCACGGUCUGCCCAGUGAGAGAGGCAGACUGGAAGAACACCGCCAUCGUUUUCCUGAACACCUCCACACAGCAGCUUCAGGUGCUGGGGAAGGACAAAUACAACUUCUGAGUUUUAUCAGUAGUCCAGAUUAGAUGUUGGACACCCCUGCUGGGUGAAAUCCAUAUGCUGUACAGGAAAAACAUUGUAAUAGCACUAAUGAUUAGUAUACCCUCAGUAGGUUUGCAAACUCACAUGGCUGACUUUAUUGAGGAGGUGAAAUGAACUAACGCUGCUCUGCAUAACUUGGAUACUAUUUAGUCUUGGUGCCUUCAUUAUGGUCCAGACUUAACUCAGAUAGUGGACUGGCUUUUAGUGCCUUUUAGAAUCUAGAGCCUUUUAGAAUCUGUUUAUAUAAAUGUCUCAUAUGCUACUUUGCUAAUCUCUUCUCUUGAAUAUAGUAAUUUAGGAGCUGGUAAACAAACACUUUUUCAGCAUUCAUUAACAAUGAACAUAAAUAAUACUAAACACCACUGUGUUCUGUGUAAAAUGAUCAAUGAUGUAUCAUUUUCACAUGAUAACUAGUCACAACAUACAACAUGGCAGUGCGCAGAAAGCCUGGUCCUGCACUACAGUAUGUCAUGUUUAGAUCAUGUGUAUCAAGACCUUUUUCAUCCGUUUGAGAUGAGUUGGGUUGCCUCUUAGUGCUCAGUGGUAACCAGUACGUUGAAUAUUGAGUAAAUGCAAUGUAUAUUGAACACUGACGAAUACUGAACUCGUACAUUGUGUUACUUUAACCAAUCCAUCUCUGUUGGUCCAAUAAAGUAUAAAACCGAA